AUGAGUUCAGAAGGUAAAUUUUUUAAUAAAGUAAAAAAUGCUUUCAAAAAUGAUAAAAGUAAUGAAUCAUCACCUCAAAAUUCACCAAGAGCUUCAAGAUCUUCAAAAUCAGGUUCAACUUCAUCAGAUCCUAAAAAUGUGUUGAAAGAAUCAAAAGUUGAAGGUGAAAAACAAGCUGUUCAUGAUAAACAAGGUAGUACUUCUGCUUCAAAAACAGAUGGUAUAGCUACAGCCGGAACUGGAGCUGAUACUACUUAUGGAGGAGCAGGUAAUUAUUCACAUUCUCAAACUGGACAUUCUUCAGAACAUGAAAAUAUUUUGAAAGAAGCUUUUAAAGAAGGAGAGAAAUUAUUUCAUCAUCAUUCAAAAACUGGAAAUACAGGAGUUCUUCAUGGUGGAACCGCAUCCGCUGGGGCAGCAGCCGGUGGAAUUGGUGGUUAUUCAGCAGGGUCCAAAUUUGAUCAAAAAUCUACAGUACCAGAUUAUUCAAGUAAAGGUAAUGAUGUUGUUUCAAGCUCUUCAAAAGGUAGAGUUGUAACUUCUCCACCAAGAAGAUCAAGAGAACCAUUAAGUCAUGAAACUCCAGGUGAUUAUUCAAAUGCAAAAAACCCAAUUGAUUCUUCAGUUAUUUCAGGUGGAAAUUCAGGUUAUCAAGAUAAAGGAGUUUAUGAUAACUCUAAACCAGCUUAUAGUGAUGGAGCAGAAACAGUUCAAGGUCAAGGUAAAUUUUUUGAUCCAAAAGAUACUCAAGGUGGUGUAUUAGGUGCAGCAGUUGGAUCAACAAGUACAGCCAGUGCUUAUAAUCAAGACAAACUUGGUUCAUCACAUGAAGAAGCUACUAAAGCCAAAUAUGUUGAUGAAGAUAAAUUAAAAACUAAACCAACAGCUUAUGCUCAAGAAGAUAAGGAAAGAGAACAAUUAGAACAACUUAAACAAGAAGCAUACCGCGAAGGUAAUAAACAAGGUAGAAAAGAUGUUCAAGAAGAUCCAUCAUUAUUAGGUUCAAGACAAAUUGGUGGUUCUGGUAUUUCUAACGAUCAAAAAGAUAUUGAUAAACAAGCAGUUCACCAAGAAAAUAAAUCUGCUUAUAAUCAAGGUGGAGUUGCCGAAGUUUUGGAAAAAGAACACGGUCAAUCAACACCAUCAAAUAAAAGAAAUGCUGAUCAUGAUAAUAUUAUUAAAACUGGCGGUGUAGUUUAUGGUGGUUCAGGAGUUGCCUCGUCAGGAAGAGAUAACUACGACCCUGUUGCCACUGAUAGAAGAAUUUCAGACCUUGAUGCUCAAAUUAACCAAACUGACAACAAAAUUAAACAAUUAAGAAGUGAUCCAAGUAAUGCUUCAACUUAUGCAGUUAGAGAUGAACCAAUUAAAACUCCAAAAUUAUCAGAUGUUCACGAUGAUUAUGAUCAUGACGAAUUUAAAGAUGCUCAAACUGACAGAAAUACUAAUGAUAAUGCUGAAAGAACUGGAGUUUUUGCUGGAGCUGGAGGGGCUUUAGCCGCCGCAGCUGGUUAUUUAGGUUUCAAAGGUACUCAACCAGAAGAUAAGGUCACAAAUGAUUCAUACCAUCAAGGUGAAUACAUCGCUAUCAAAGAAGAUGUUUAUAAUGCUGGUUUCAAACAAGGUAAAGAUCUUUAUGAUCCAAGUGCCACUACUACAACCAAUAGAACUGUCGGAAAUUCGACAAAUUCAGGUAUCAAUGCUAAAGAUGUUGAAUCAAAAGCUUAUGGUGAAGGUUAUCAUCAAGGUAGAAAUGAACAAGGUGGAAUUAUUGAAGAAGCUAAACAUGCUGUUGAAGGAGUUACUGCAGUUGCUGCCAGUUACUUGGGUUAUGGAGCUGGUCAUGAUCAAACUAGUACAAAUAGAGGUGUCGGCUCAGCUUCAACUACUUCACCAGAACAUAAAGAUAUUUUAGAUUCAUCUUAUCAAGCUGGUAAACAAAGAUAUGAGAAUGAAAGGGCUGGUCAUACUUAUUCAAACCAACCAGGUCAAGAAACUUUUGUUGAAAGAGCUGAAGCAAUAAUUGAAGGAGCCACAGCCAGUGCAGCUAGUUAUUUAGGUUUAGAAUCAUCAAAACCACACAGUGCUAUUGAAGGUCAUCAACAAUUAUUAAGAGAAGCUUAUGAAGCUGGAAAAGCAAAAGGUGAAAAAGAAAAAUCAGCUUAUGGUAGUGGUAACACUUCAACUUUAGACCCAGCUAAUCAAAGAUCUCAACAACAAGGUGGUGGUGUUUGGCAAGAAGCUAAAGAAGUUGCCAGUGGCACUGCAUUAGCCGCUGCUGGGGCCGGAGUUGCUGCUACAAACUAUGCUAGUGAUAAAUUAGGUUAUGGAUCAAAUAAUAAAGCUGAUGAUGAUUAUGAUUCUCAUAGAACCACUAGUACCGUUCCAACUGAUAACAGAGUUGAAAACUCGCAAAAGAGUUCAUCAAACGAGCCAGGUUACUUAGCUUCAGCUGGAGCUACUAUUGGAGGCGCUGGAGCAGCUAUUGGAAAUGCUCUUGGUUAUAAUCAAACUCCUCAACAAAAACAACAAGAUGUCAAAGACUCUCUAUUAACUGAUGCUGAAAAAGUUGAUCCAUCAAUUGAGAAAUUACCAGCUCAUAAAACCAACAGAAAGGAACUUAAACAAGAAGAAACUUUAGCACCAAAAGCCACUGAUGAAGAAAAACAUAUUGUUGAAAGUAACCAACUUAAUCAAGCUGAAAAAGAUGUUGAUGCUUGGAAUAAAAAACAUGGUUUUACAAAUCCAAAAGGUUCAUUAAUUGAUGCUGCUGAAGAAGCUGAUCCAUCAAUUGAAAAUUUACCUGCUCAUAAAACCAACAAAAAGGAAUUAAAAGAAGAAAAAACUUUAGCCCCAGACGCCACUGAAGAAGAAAAAGAAAUUGUUGAUGCUAAUCAAUUUAAAGACAUGGAAGAUGAAGUUGCAGCUUACAAUAAAAAACAUGGUUUCACAAACACUAAAGCUUCAUUAAUUGAAGUUGCCGAAGAAGCUGACCCAAAAAUUGAAAAGUUACCAGCUCAUAAAGGUCAAUCAGUUGAUAAAGAAUUAGCUAAUAAAUCCGAUUCCACUUCUGGUGCUGAUGUCCAAGCUUUACCAGCUAAUCAUCCAACUGCGAGGCAUACUGAAAUAAAGGAAAGUUUAGGUCUUCCAACAGGUGAUUCAUCAAGUAAAAAAUCAGUUGAUAGUGGUAAGAAAUCAGUAAGUGACGACAGCUCAAAAUCCAAGGAUUAUGAAGAAUCUGACAACAACAAUAGAUCAAGUAGUGGUGCUGGUAUUGGAGCAGCUGUUGCCUCAGCCGUUGGUUUAGGUUCAGGUUCAAAUUCAGAUAAUUCAUUAGAUUCAGAUUUCAAAAAAGAAUUAUAUCAAGAAGGUUUUGAAAAAGGUAAAUUAGAUACUCAUACUUCAUCUCAUAAAAGAAAUGUAUCUGGUGCCUCAUAUAACACUACUCAACCAAUUGGUGCUUCUGAAAUUAGAGAUAAACAAAAUCAAUCUUUAGAUAAUACAACCAAAAAGGAAAUCUAUGAACAUGGCUACAAUAAAGGUUUGAAAGAAAAAGAUUCUCAACACUCGAACCACACUGGUAGAGAUGUAGCUAGUGGUGGUAUUCUUGGUUCACUUUUGGGCCACAAUAAAGAUACUGAAAACCAGUCUUUAGAUCAUUCAACCAAGAAAGAAAUUUAUGAACAUGGAUAUAACAAAGGUUUGAAAGAUAAAGAAUCUCAACAAUCAAACCAUACCGGUAGAGAUUUAGCCGCUGGUGGUAUUACUGGAGCAACUUUAGACCAUGGUUUAAAGAAAGAAUUAUAUGAACACGGUUUCAGAAAAGGUAAAUCAGAUCAUGAAAGUGUUGGUCAAAAAUUAGAAGAUUGGUUCAAAAAAGAAUUAUAUGAACAUGGUCACAAAAAAGGUACUGAAGAUCAUGCUCCUCGUGGUCUUUAUGGUGGUACAGCUUCAUUAGAUCCAGUUUUAAGACAACAAUUAUAUGAACAUGGACAUGCUCAUGGCCACAAAGUUCAAGGGCAACAACAAGGUUCAUCAAUUGGUGGUUCAGGUUUAGACUCAAAAUUAAAACAAGAUUUGUAUGAACAUGGCUAUGCUAAAGGUAGUACUGAAAAGAAACAACAGAGGGAUGAUUACAUCCAUAACAAACCAUAUGGUACUUCAAAUAAAGAGGCUACUGCCUUAGGUGCCGCCGCUGGUUAUGGUACUAGUCAAAGACAUCAAAACGAGUAUGGUCAACCAUCAGAACGUGCUCAACUCGAUAGAAAUUCUGAGUUAGUUGGUGAAAAUACAGCUCAUAAAAGAGGUCAAGAUACUGAAGAUAAUUUAGUUGUUGAAGUUGUUGGUAUUGAAGAUAAAGUAGAAGCAUUAAGAACUGCUAGAAAUGCUUCAAAAAAAUUAGAUGAAAGAGGUGUUGAUUUAACUUCGGGUAAAUUAAUUAUUGAUGCUAAUAAUAGAGAAAUUUAUAAGGAGGAAUAUGUUUCAGAAAGGGAAAUUCCAAGUCAAGGUUACAGUGGUUCAUCUGGAGCUGCUCCAGAAGUUUUAGGUCAAAGUAGAGCUGCUGGUUUCACUCAAGGUACUCAACCGAAUUUUGGUACUACUGGUCACAAUGAUACUUCAUACAGAGGUGAUGGAGUUGGUAAAAGAACCGAAGUUGAGCCAGAAACUUUAGGACAAACCAGAGCCGCUGGAUUUACUCAAGGUACUCACCAACAUCAACCGAAUACUCAAUAUGAAGGUGAAGGCGUUGGCCAAAGAACCACUUUAGGUGCUGGUCAAGGUAAUCACACUGGUAGCCAAACUGCUGGUAAUCAUACAAAUGAAUCAGAAAUUGCUAAACAAAGACUUCAUGAAGCUGCUAGAAACAAAGCUGGUUUAACCGCUGGUACUUCAUCAACUAACCAUCAAGGUACUUCACCAUCCUCAAAAUCAACUUCAGGUACUAAAAACCAUGAUGAUGAAAUUUUUGUUAAUGUUAAAGGUAUUAAAGACAAUGCCCUUGCCACAAAAAUUGCUAGAGCCGCAGUUGCAAGAUUACAAAAAACUCAUGGUUCAGUAAUUUCAAAAGUUAAAGAAUUACAAGUUGAUGCAAGCUCAGGUAUUGUUAGAGAUGAACAUGGUAAUGAAAUUGCUAAAUAUACUGAUUUAGCUGUUGAAGCUCAACAAUCAAGUAAAUCAAGAAGUCAAGAAUCAAGUCCAAAAAAAUCAACUUAUGGUCAUUCACCAAGUUCUUCAAAAUCUUAUGGUACAAAUACUGGUCCAACUAGUUCAUCCCAUGGUGCUACAACCAGUAGUGCUCUUGCUGGUUCAGGUAUUGCCGCCGCUGCCGCCUCAGAAGCAUCUCAAAAGCAUCCAAGUUCAAGUUUAACUGAACCAACUCAUCACACAAGUGCCAACACAGGUAAUUAUUCUAGCAAAUCUGCUGAACCACCAUACCCACAAGGUAUUCCAGCUACUAAAGAAGGUCAUCAAACUAGUGGUGUCAGUGGUAUUGGUCAUGGUAGAGAUACUUAUGAUGAAAGCAAAAUUCACUCAACUGGUCAUCAAAAUGCUUCAACUGGUUAUGGUAACACUUCAUCAACUGGUUAUGGUAAUACUUCAACUACUGGUAGUACUUCAUCAACCGGUAACUAUUCAUCAUCAUCAAGUGGAUUACCAUCACAUCAAAAUUAUGAUAAUCAAAAUGUUACUGGUAAUACUAGAUCAACUGAUGGCCCAUCAUCAUCAACCUCAAGAGGAUAUGAAAGCCAACAACAAGGAUCAACUACUCAAGGUGGAUUAGCUGGUUUAGCUUCAAGUAUUGUUGGAGCUUCAGGUGUUGGAAGUGCUUUAGAAUCAUUAGGUGUAACUGGAGGUAAUAAAACUCAUGAUAAUUCCGGUCAUGAACAUAAAACUUCAUCAUCAACUUAUGAAGAUUCAACAAGAUCACCAAUUUCUGAAUCUCAUUUAUCUGGUUCAAACGCUUAUCCAAAAUCAGCUGUUGAUGCUUAUUCAUCAUCUUCAAAUACUACAAGUUUAGAUAACAAAAUAAAUGAUGCUUCAACAUCAAGUUAUAUUCCAGAAUCUGGAUUAUAUUCAAAAUCAAUUCCAAGUGAAUUCUCAAGCAAAAAAACUUCAACAACUUCAAGAGAUCAAUCUGGUGUUAUUGCUUCAGAAUAUUUAAAUAAAGAAUCAACAAAUUUACCAGAAACUUCUCAUACUUCAAAUACUGCUGCUCAUAACAUAAGUUCAGGAGUUACUGGUUCUGGUAUUGGUUCAACCACAUCUGCUGCCCGUGGUCAAACUGCUACCGAUAAUUUUGAUGAAGCUAAUACUUCUUCUGGUUCAUUCUCAAUGCCAGGUGCUUGGAGUUAA